AUUGAAACAUGAGAAAAUGGAGCGGAAAAGAAAAUGACUUAUUUGCACCCACCCACACACCCACCCCUCCCACACACACACACAAACACAAAAUUAAAAUAGCAAUGUAUGUCACAUGCUAUACCAAAAAGGCUCUUACUCAACAAGAGUUAGAAAUGGCUUAUUUGCAACAAAAGUACCUCAAUAUAUCCAAAGGAAUCUGUGGAGAAUUUUCUUGUGGGUAUAGAGGCACUAAACAUGAUAGAGUUGGGUUGAAUGAUUGGAGACUAAGUUGGAAAAAUGCAGGUCAAAUUGGGAGGUUUAGUGAGAAUACAAGGAUUUUGGAGAGAGAGAGAGGUUCUUAUUUGCAGAGAUUUAGCUCUUCUUCUCCGACUUCAUCGGCCGAGGAAGUUGAGUGGCAGUAUGGGUAUUUGGCGACCGAGUACGGAUGGAAGGUAAGGAGGAUGGUUGAGAAGGAAGAUGAGAUGAGGAAGGUGGCUCAAGUUCAGGCUGAAGCAUUUCAUGUACCAGUGUUUUUCUUCAAUGAUUUGUUCUUCCAAUACUUUCAGGCUGAAGUGCUUUCGGGGCUUCUUUACAGACUUAGAAACUCAGCACCAGACAGGUAUGCCUGUUUAGUGGCCGAGACUGUUGAUGCUACUAAGUCAGAGUCACGAAAGGAACUUGUGGGUGUUGUAGAUGUUACGGUCUUCAGGGACGAAGCUGUUCUUCAGCAUCUCCCAGGGGCAGAAGAAUAUCUUUACAUUUCCGGAAUAGCAGUACUAAACAAAUUCAGGAGGCAGAAAGUAGCGACAGCAUUGCUAAAAGGCUGUGACAUGCUAUCUGCAUACUGGGGUUUUAAAUAUCUAGUCCUGCGGGCUUAUGAAGAUGAUUGGGGUGCUCGCCAAUUGUACACGAAUGCAGGCUACAGAAUCGUCGCAGGAGAUUCACCAUGGAUGACUACAUGGAUUGGGAGAAAACGUCGUGUUCUUCUGAUCAAACGGUCUAACCUGUGUCAGUAACCUUCGCUCAAAAGGACAUUCUCAUAAAUCCAAGUGCGUAAAUCCACAUUUAUCUCUGAUAGCUAUUUAGUUGCCUCGACUAAUAAACUUGUGUAAAUCACUGCAGCUGCAGCCACAUCAACUCAAAACAUUCCACGGUAUAUCACUUGAGUUUCUCUGUUGCUGGUUUUGUAUCUAUAGGGGAUUUGUUUGUACUGAGGGGCUUAACUUUGCACAAUGGCAAAGAAUAAACCUAAAAGGAAAAGAGGAAAUUCCUACUACAAAUCAGCUAAAGAUCACAAACAAAAUUUGCCAUUUUAAUUCUAAUGAUUGCAAAGCAUGACAAUCAAAAUGAAGUACACUGAUGAACUCCAAAUAAUAAUGGAAAGUGUUUUCCAUUAUUAUUUUGCAAGAUGUGUUGAGGAAUGUCUAAGGUGGGCUUGAAUCAAAAGAAAGCGUAAGGGGAGAUAACAAACGCAAGAAGAUCCGGAUAGGGAUUGAUUCUCUCUGGCUCGACUUGAUAAGGAAUCAAGAUUUAAAAUGUUUUGUAAGAGUGUUUUCUUUUAUAAUUUUGUUCAUAACAACAUUGUAAAGCAGAGGUUUUCAAUUUUAUUGUAGAUCGUGAGUAGUGUUCUCGGAAAUAUUCCUCUGCAUCACUUUAUAAGAAAAACAAAUCUCACUGGAAACAUCUAUGACAUUAAUGUCAA